AUGGAUUCACCUGAUGAAGCGCCAUACUUUUGCAUGGCAGAUACAAGAUGUCGCCUCUGCCAGUUCGAGUUGGAAGAAGGCGACUUGGUCGUCGCACACAUUGGGGGCCUUCGAUUUUCGUUGGAGUUUAACCUCCGUAUGUCCGACACUAUAUCCGACGAUUUUGAAUGGAUCAAUUUGCACACUUGUGCCAGACCUCGAUGCAUGUUAGAGGGUCGACGCGUACCUUUCUUUCAUAACGACUGUCUUGACUUCAGGCUCUACGACAUCUCGGAUGCGCUGAUAGUUGCUGGAGAUUACGCUUUUGACCCUCCUGCACACGAGAGAAAUAGACGCUCUCGUCGUAUCAAGAGUCUUCUGGCUCCAAAGCUGAGAGACGAACUUCAGAUUAGACUUCCGGUUGAGACGCUGAUGGCCAUAGCUGGAUUCCUUGUCUGUGAAUACGCUGUCAUCACGACAGAAACACAGUCGCUGGGGACUGAUGUCUCUGAUAUGACUGUUGACAUAGCACAAGAUGUGUACGUUAGUUACACGACCAUCGAAGGCCUACGCUAUGUGAAGAGCAUUGGCAACACGGCGCCAAAGCUCUGCAAUGAAGAUCAGACUGGGUUACUUAGCAAGCAGGGAGAGUCUGUCGACGCCUCAUUAGCAGGACCUACACCAAUCGUGAAGUCGUGGUGGAGAACCAUCUCUAUUCCGUGCGAUGUUGACAAUAUUACAAUUAAAUUUGAUGGUCUCAAAGUGAGGGGCAUUCUCAUUCAUAACGAGACGAUACCAGAUGGCACCAGCAAUUAUGUUGGUUGGGUGAGCCCUGAACAUCCAAAUAAUGUCAUCGAUAUCACGACGUUCGACCAAGUCAAUACCUUUUCCGAAAGACUUAUGAUGACGUUCUUUAAUUGCAAUACCAACGGUAUAACCGGAUAUACGGCAGUAACUAGCGGAAUCUCAGUUACAAUGAUUCAUGCUCGUGAGAAUGACAGUACUGGCUUCUAUGCAGAUAUGGACGCUGCUUUCUCGCGCGACUUCUUCAUUUAUAUGCCACUUGAUAAAGGAGAAUAUGUGACUGAGAUAUGUCGAAGAUAUGCACUAGCAGCAGGAGAUCGGAUCUCGGCCUGUCUCGUGUUCAUUACAAACAAAGGUAGAAACACCCUCUUUGGAACAAGCGGUCCUCCGGAAUCUUGUCUGGCACUCGAUAGGAUUCUAACGCCUGCGCCAAAUGGAACGCAGAUUUGGUUCAACGAUUCAACAUCGGUAUAUCCAAAGUCGCUUAGAUAUCUUGCAGUUGAUGGACUUGCGCCACCCGUCCAGCGUCCUUUUCCCCCUUCACUUAUACCAAACCCUCCGUACUUCUGGACUCAUAACACUGAGUCAUGGUUUGUAUCAUCAUGCAGUAUGGAAGGGAUUGUGGAUAUGACUAUCUGCAGAGAUACAGCAUUUGAUCAUCGACCAAUCACCGGAAUUCUGCUAGAAUAUGAAAAUGGUCACCGGGAAUGCUUGGGCCAAUUUCGGUUUGAUAAGACCCUCAAGAAGAUGCCAGUGCAGCAUACAAGGGACCUGUAUAUCAGCAGCUUGAGGACCACACGUUCGUAUCUCUAUGUUGCAGACAUUACUACCUCUCCGCCACAUGGCUAUGGAGGUCUAUCUUGGAUGCAAGUUUCUCGAUACGGUACACUUGAAUGGUGGUCGUCUUUUCAUCAUUCCAUCGUGCGCUACACAUCUAUCACAGGACAGCUCACCAACUUGCAGACACCAUUUCCGAACUACACCAAGCAAAUUUAA